CUUUGUAAACUCAUCUCGCCUUGUGGUUCUUCCACCAGCAAUCGAUACGCCGGAGUCUAUCAGUAAUUCCUACCGCCAACACGCCAGAGAGUCGCAUACGCGCGGGCACCAAUUCGUGUUCAAAGCAAGAGAGGUCCAGCACAGCCGUCCCUCUCUCCAAUGCUGUCGUCCGCUCGCGCAAAUCCUCUACCGUGUCUCAAUCCUCCGUUGCAAUACCGCCUCGAAUCUCGACGAAAACACGCAAAAAACCACCUCUUACGGCAUUCCUCUCUUUGGCGUCGUUUGGUGGCGCCUAAAUCUUCAAUCAGCCCCUUAUAUCACAUUGCCUCGUGGCUCAACGUGCACGCAAUCCGAGACGGGUACUGCUAAUCACAAGCGCUAAGUCAGUCGAGAGCCCUGUCAAACGUAUCUUUGCUGUUGUACUUGGACAGAGACGUCACCGAGACGAACAUUCACCCGCAUGCGCGCCCUUGCUUUCCAUUCCCAUGGACCCGGUCUCAUGCGCCCGUUACGAACUGCCACAACGAGAUCACAGCCCACCUAUCAUUCUUACGGCUCCUUCAGAUAGCGCGUAAUUGCAGUCACAAGAAGCAGCAAGGAGAGGACAGAGCAGAAGGAAGACGAAACAAAGAAGGCAACGCAGCAGAAGAAGACGAUGAACUACUCGCAAGGCGGAGGAGCCAGCGACGUACAACAUAUGUCCAGGCAUGGUCACCAAUAUUCAACGCCGCAGAGUGCUACCGCACCCUCCUUUCAAUACUCGCAACGCAUGACACACAAUUCGUCCGGCAUGCAUCAAGCUCACGUCCAGCAUCAGCAGCAGACGUACUUCUCAGCGGACUCUGGUAACGCAAGACAGUCGCUGGCUACGCCCUCCACGCCCUCGCAAAAUGCCUCCCCGCGCUUCUCACACGCAUCCAGCCCGAGGGGGCAAACUUCGCAAGCCGUGCAGCUGUCCUCACAGAAGCAGCGUUACUCCCAGUCGACGAGCUCGUAUGUACCCACAGACCGAUCGCUACCCUCUCGUGACGUAGCAGAUGCAACCUUCGACCAGGCAUACGAACAAUUUAUCCUUUAUUGCAAUCCGUCGUUCCCGCUAACAACCGACACUGCAGAGUUGAAGCGCGUGUUUCGCACCCCACCGAAGAGCGACGGCAAGAGCUUCAGCACGUUCCACUUAUUCGAGCUGCUCAAGAAACUGGAGAAUAAAGAGCUAAAGACAUGGACGGAACUUGCGCUUGAGCUGGGUGUUGAGCGGCCCAGUUUCGAGAAAGGUCAGUCUAGUCAGAAGGUGCAACAGUACAGCGUGCGCCUUAAGCGCUGGAUGCGCGCUCUGCAUAUUGACGCCUUUUUUGAGUACCUUAUGGGCAAAAACCACGCAUAUUACCAGGCGAUCCCACCACUAAAUGAUCCUUUUCCGGAUGCUCGUGACGGCGUUCCUAUAGAAGAAGAUCUGGCCAUACGCGCUAUCGACCCGAAGUUCCGGCCGAAGCGAGGGAGACGGCGCGCCGAUGAGCAAGACGAUGAUUGCGUGGAGCCUUGGUCUGCUGUGGAGCCCAAGAGACCGCACCUAGAUACUGCCUUUCACAACCGCAACGACGCCUAUCCUUUGAGCGUAUAUCCGUCAAGCGCAGUACCAAUUACUGCACAUCCGGAAUUUUCUGGCAGUGGUGGUUCAGAUUCAUGGGCAACACUGAACACGCCUACGAGCGCUAUGGCACCCCGCACGUCACAACAACUUCGAUGGAGAAAUGAGACGCCUUCGACGCCGCAUCCCCUGUCCGCCGUGACACCUGUGAGCGCGCAUCCGGAUAGCGCGUGGGAUACCGAAACGCCUUCCACGGUCACACCGUCAAGCGCGAGGAGCGCCAGACGGCGGAGACAUGGCCCUGCGGUGUCGAGCGCGUGGCCGAGUACAAACACAACAGUCAACGGCAAGUUAAGAGGGAGGCCUCCAAGUAAUCGUAGUGUACGGGACGGUCCAUUUGUCACUUUCCCUGCAAAUCCCAAGACCAAGGAAGCACCUGUGAUUGACCUAGGUUCAUCCAGACAGCGGAACGAGGGGUGUAGGAAGAGUGAAGAGGAAACAACAACGACAUUUGGCGCCACGGAGAGUCCGAAGCCUGCGCCAGUGGCCGCGCAAGCGGAGCACCAAUUCCUCACACCACAAUUGCCUACACCUAUCAGUGCGAGCAGCACGACACUGCCCAUGCCUGCUCGUCCAAUGAGCCACGCGGGCGCGGCUCGACCAGAACGACUCCAGCUGCAAGUCCCCAAACAUGAAGGAGGUCCUGUGCGCCUUGUUACUCCCACUCUGGUCGUGAACGGUCAAUUCGACGAUCAAACUUCGCGACAGCAAUUACCCACUCCUGCAUUGUCUACCCCCCAACAGAAGACGUCCACCUUGAGCACUGCCCCGACUGCGCACACAACGGCCUUAAGUCUUUCUGACGAUCUUUCGCCGACUGAAGGAACUGCAUCCGCGGAGCAUAACCAACACGUCAAUUUCCACAUACCUAAGAGGAUCCAACAUUCGUUCCCAUUUUCAAAGACAGAAACUGUGACGGCAUCGAAUGAGCCGUUAUUGUUUGCCCCUGGGGCCGAAGAUCUCAAACGAGCGCUGGUGACAAGUCUUUUGCAUGCGGAGAUAGAAGGGAGGACGAAACGUCUGCAAGGAACGGAGGCUAAGGAUCUUGCGGACUCUAUACUGGCAAAGCUCAACGCAGGAGGCCAAAGCCAAACAGACGAGCUGCACAGAUUCUUAUGUGCUUCCUGGCUCGGUAUACGCAAUGGUGGUGCAAAUGCACCACGGCAAAGAAAGAUCUUAGUCCACCGUUUCCGCGUUGGUGGAGACGGAUAUGAUUCUCCCCUCGAUGACGAAGCGACUCUCAGUGAGGGCGAUAAAAUCCGCGAGACGUUCGAUGUUGAGUGGGCACAUAGCCUAGGUGGCAUUGAAGGCCGCUUCGCGGUAAGGGGUGUGUCGCUGCAGCAUACAAGGCUGGGAACAGAGCAAGACAGCGAUAUGAACAUAGACGAUGCUGGCGAAGAAGGGUGGCGAGAGAGAUAUCUGCGAGCCGAAGCGCAACGGAAGGCGCAGCAGGAGGAGCUGGAACAGCUCAAAGCGCGGAUCCUUGACGUGCUGGUAUGAUCUCUUUCUUUACUUUCCUUUCCAGGUCUCAUUUCUCCCUCUCACCCUCUCGUCUUCAGGAUGAAGAAAUUGGAAAUCGAACCGGGUGUUCACACUGGCGCUUGGGCAUUACAUUUCUCCGGAUCCGACAAACGCUUGCAUGAAGCCGCCUAAAUGUAAAGAAAGGGGCGAUUUAUUUUGGGCAUGGAAGGAACACGAAGGUAACCACAAGUCAUGCCAGGCAUAGUAUGUACAUGAAAUGCCACCGUUAGUCUCAAUGCUUGACGCCUGUAAGUGAUAGAUAGGGACAGCCUGAACUAUCAUCUGUUCUUAUUAGCAUCAACAUCAUCCAUGUAUCAUAUAUACGAAUUAUCUAGCCAUUUGUACAGUAUUCCCGGUGCAAUAAUGGAGAAGAUACCCAUUUAACUUUUCACUUAAAGUAAUUCACCACCAAGU